CGUGACCAGAAGCUGUGGCGUACUGGGCUGCACGAAUCGCCCGCGAUCCAGAAAUCCAAGAAAUAUUUUCGCUUGUAGCCAGAGAAGGGGUCAUUGUUUGAGAUCAUUAUUAGUACUAAAUGAAAGCUUAGACCAUUACCUUUACAAUGACGGUAAUAGUCUUUCUCGUGGACACAAGCGCGUCCAUGAAUCAGCGCACAUAUUUGGGCACAUCUUUGUUGGAUGUUGCAAAAUCUGCCGUGGAAACUUUCAUGAAGUUCAGAUCCCGUGAUCCAGCAAGCAGGAUGGACAGAUACAUGCUGCUGACAUUUGAAGAACCGCCUGCGAACAUCAAGGCAGGAUGGAAAGAGAGUCACACAACAUUUGUAGACAAACUAAAGAAUCUUGAAGCCCUUGGCCUGUCUGCAGUUGGACCAUCCCUAAAACAUGCAUUCGAUCUCUUGAAUGUCAACAGAAUGCAUUUGGGUAUUGACACUUAUGGCAUGGGUAAAUGCCCCUAUUACUUAGAGCCAGCUGUUAUUAUCUGUAUCACUGAUGGAAGGAAGCUAACCAGUAUGACUGGAGUACAGCAAGAUUUAAAUCUUCCAAUGAAUACCACAGUUCCAGGAAAUGAGCUCACAAAAGAACCCUUCCGGUGGGAUCAAAGACUGUUCAGUAUAGUGCUUCGUUUUCCUGCAACUGUCCCCAAUGAAAUCACUGGAGGACAAUAUAUCCCAUCAGCUGAUAGUGCAGCCAUUGAUGCUAUGUGUGAAGUCACAGGAGGGAGAUCCUAUGCAGUUUUUACACAGAGGAUGUUGUUGCAGACAUUGGAGUCUAUGGUGCAGAAACUUCAUCCUGGUGUAGUAAUCAACUUUGAGAAGAUCGGACCAGACCCCCCUGAUGAUACCACUAAAGAAAACCAUGAAGCCAACCUCAAUGUGCCAAAUGCCCUAGAAGGAAAACGAUCAACUACCCCAACAUCUGCUGCAUGGCAUAGUUGUCGUAAACUUGUCUAUGUACCAAGGUCUGCCACCAAAGGCUACUCUGUUGGUCACUGGUUGAUCCCUGAGUCUUACUGGCCAGAUCUGAACAGUCCUUCACUACCUGCAAGGUCAGCCAAUCCUACAGUGAACUUCUCCUGCAAACCAUGUGAACCUCUCACAUUAGAGAAUCUACCAUUUGACAAGUAUGAGUUGGAACCAUCCCCUUUGACCCAGUACAUCUUAGAGCGGAGGCAACCUGGUGUAGCCUGGCAGGUGUUUGUACCGAACAGUGCAAAAUACAGUGAGAUGGGUCAUCCCUUUGGAUACAUCAAAGCUAGCACCAACCUGACUUGUGUCAACUUGUUCGUUAUGCCUUACAACUAUCCCGUCCUCAUAGCAUUACUAGAGGAUCUGUUCAAGGUCCACAAGCUCAAGCCUACACAAAAAUGGCGCCAACAAUUUGAAAGCUAUCUCAAAACCAUGCCCAUAUAUUAUGCAGGGCCCUUGAAGAGAGCCCUUGCCAAGAUGGGAGCACCUAACCUAGUCCCUGACAGCAUGGAGAACUGUCUCAGUUACAGUGUACAGUCUUACAUCAAGAAAAUUAAAGCACAAGCUAAGACAGAAUUGAUGCGUCUUGUGAAUUCUGUCGGCCAAUCAGUGCCAAGACCAGAUGGGAUAAAGAUCAGUUUCAAGAAACAGACGUCCAUUUUAGAGCGCAAGGACUUCCAUCAGUUAUUAAAAUCCAACGAUUUGUCAAAUUUAAAGCAAGAGAUGACGGAUUAUAGCAGUUUUACAUUAGCAGUCCCUGACCCUAAAGUUAAGCCCCAGAUGUACAGAAAUGCAUUCGACAUUCCACGAAAAAAUCUUCUCACCCAAAUCACCAAAAUGCGUACCAACUUUUUACGGACAAUCACAAAUGCUGGACGCGUUACCAAUGAAGAGGAUCUACACAGCAUUCCGAUUGGUCAGAUGGGAAAUUACCAGGAGUAUUUGAAAAAAUCUCCAAGUGCUUUACGGGAAAUUGAUAGUCAACCAAUCAGAUCUCACAUGUUUGGAAAUCCAUUCAAAGUUAAUAAGAAUAUGAUGAUUGAUGAGACAGAUGAAGCCGUCCUAUCAGGAUCCCCCAAACGCAGCCGUGCUUCCACUCCAAUACCCGAUGGUACCUCCAGGUCCCCUAAUCCAAAGAAACGAAAGGGACCUUUGGGAAGAAAUGCUCGUUUACGUCGUCCAAGUUCGCCAUAUCCAAAAAUGGGAAGAACUCCUGAAAUUUCAGAGGAUUCUGGGAUUGAAAUGCUGAGCCCUGAUAGGCUUGAAAUCCUGGAAGAAAAUGUCCUGGAAAUAGUCUCAGAAAAUGUCAAGCCAAUAACCAAUCACAUAGCAGAAAACAAUGGACUCGGUGAAGAACAACCAAUCACAGAUAGUUUAACAAGAACAGACAGUGACAUAGAAAAUAAUGGAUUCGAUCAACCAAUCACAAACAAUAUAACAAGAACUAAUACCAAAAAGCUGAAAAAGACACUAAAACGAGAAAAUGUGUCAGUGCAUAACAAAAAGUUAAAAAUAGAACUAAUAAAACAAGUAAAACGUCCAGGAAAAGAUUACAGCGCCAUCUUUCAAAAUCUUGACUCAUUAAAAGGCAGUAUAGACAUGAAGUGCUUAGUCAUCCGAGAGGUAAUCAACCAAGCAAUAAGGUUUAAAAGGAGACGUUUGGUGGAAGAACUGGAUGAAUUUGAAUCUAGUUUAGUGAGAUUAGAAAUCAAGCAAUCGACUGAUAUAAAAGUUGCUACGUAG